AUGACACCGUCAGAAACCAUAUCAAAGUUUCGUGCAUCGCCAUGGGUAACUUACGAUCCCCCAGCUUCCACCUCACAAUCCCAAUCACAGAAUCACCCCUCCGACGACGAGAUGGACGAAGACGUCGACAUGGAUGCACCUCAAAUAUCCACUCUCCGUGAGGAUGACUCCCCACCACCUCCACCACCACCACCUCCGUCACAGUCACCCAAAAAAGCUGCAUCGACACGUAAGACCAAGCCCUUGCCAAAGUCUAAAAAACCUAUCGACUGGGCCCAAAUACGGAACAGCGUCGCUGAGCGCAAUAGUCCGGGCUCAGAGGACGAGCCGGAUGAGCCAGAGGAGGAAGAGGACCAGCUCAUUGAUGAUGAUGACGACGACGACAUCCCGAAACCCUCUCCAGUGCCCACACCCUCCUCUGCCCGUUCUACCGCAGAUCCCUCUCAAAAGAAAAAGGCUGCCGUAAAAAGGAAACCACGCAAAAGUGAAAAACGCCCGCCCGACGCGGCGGAGAAGAAGACACGGGAGAAGAUCCCCCAGACAAGCGGUGCACCACACCUUGUUCCUCCGACCAUGUCAUGGUUUGAAGCCAACCCGGCCGAACCACACGACGGUGUUGUGGAACCGGAAGCGCCAGUUAGCGUUGAAGGCCCUCUUAAGAUAAAGCUUUCCGUCCCAGGGAAGAAGAAGACUUCCCCUCGCAAGCCGCCUGCUAUCCCGCGGGCCAAGACGAAAGCUUUGAAGCAGAAGACGGCCAUUCCACCUCUUCUUAUUGAGGAUGCAGGCGUGCUGAGUGAAGAAUACACAGGGACCGCUGCGUCUUCCCCAGUGACGGCACAGUUCGAAGCCAACUCCCCAGAACCUGAACAUGAACACUCGAGGCCACAAUCUCCUCAAGCCCCGCCAUCAACAGGCAUGCCGUUGCUCGAAGAGACCAACCUCGAGGGAGUCGCUAUCCCGCAAUAUCCACUACCAACGAAACCGUUCCCCGUUCAGCCACCUCCGAAAAUGACGUCUGGAUUCGCCCCAGCCCUACCACUCGACAGAUCCGGCAAGAAAGUACGCCGUUGGCGGACUGCGAACCGGGAAAUACGCGGGAUCGCUGGUGGGCGGUGGUUCACGCGUACGUGGGUUGGCGAGAAGGAGUCGGAGUACGCCGCUGCGCUCUUGCUCAAGGCUGGGGAAGAGAAGUCGUCGUCUGGUGGGGGCAUGACACUUCCCAAGUUGUCGAAUAUUUCGAUAAGUGCGCCCAAGGCCGUGUCGAAAUUGAAGGCGUCCUCGUCAAAGACGGCGUCGUUGUCUACGAGCGCUGCGCCCUCUCGUUCGGGGUCGUCUAUUCCGGAGGGGGUGACGAGUGCUGUCCGUGCACCUACGAAAAUGCGGAUUCUGCAGGUUGCUGCUUCUGAGGCUGGUGAUUCUGAUAUGGCACCUCCCCCUGAUUCAUGA